AUGGACCUGAUGGAUCUGGGUACUGCGGCAGCCGCCCUGGCCGGAGGCGCGACAGUGGCAGCGUACCUGAACGCCAAAUUCCACCUCAAGAAAGACAUUUCAGCAGUCUUGACAGCCAAGAAAGGCGAACGCGAAUAUGCACAAGCCGUGCAAAAGGGUCGCGGGAACCCGUGGUACGUUUUCUCAGACACAGUAAAGAGGUACCCCGACAUGAUCUGCCUAUGGACCCGAGAAAGGUCGUAUACCUACCGCGAAGUCAAAGAACAAGCCUGCCAAUACGCCCAUUUCUUCCUAUCCCAAGGCGUGAAAAAAGGCGAUCUGAUCGGCUUCUACCUGCAGAAUCGAGCCGAGUUCAUCAUUGCCUGGAUCGCUACCUGGAGUAUUGGUUGUGCCCCUGCUGCGAUCAAUUACAACCUAACUGGUGAUGCACUGGUGCACUGUCUCAAGAUCAGUGGAACCAAGCUCACUCUCGUUGAUGAAGAUGAAACCUGUCGCACUCAUGUGUCUGAAUGCGAGGGUAUUCUGACUGGUGAGCUGGGCAUGAAACUGUUGACCCUGGAUGAGUCCCUCAAGGCGCAAAUCCGAAUCAUGCCGGCUAGCCUGCCUCCUGCGGAUCUCGCGAGGGACGUGGCAGGUGAAUUCCCGGCGAUCCUGCUCUACACCUCGGGAACAACGGGCAUGCCUAAGGGCUGUGCAUUUACCAUGGCCCGGAUCUACACGACGCUUUUCAUCCGCCGUGACAUGAUGGGAGAUAAGGAUGGCCCCGACGGCGACCGCUGGUACAGCUGCAUGCCUCUAUACCAUGGUACCGCGGCUAUCAGUUUGAUCGCUUCCCUGACAAUGGGCGUCAGUAUCGCCCUGGGACCCAAAUUCAGCGUUCGCAAUUUCUGGAAAGAUGUGCGAGACUCCGAGUCUACCAUCUUCGUCUAUGUCGGUGAGACGGCUCGUUACCUCCUUGCGCCGCCUCCAUCGCCCGAGGACAAGAAUCACAAGGUGCGUUGCAUGUAUGGCAACGGCCUUCGUCCUGAUGUCUGGGAAACAUUCCGCACCAGAUUUGGUGUCCCAGAAGUGGGUGAAUUCUUCAACAGCACGGAGGGUAUUUUCGGCCUAUUCAAUUAUAACUGCGGUCCCUUCACCGCGGGUAGUGUUGGACACCAUGGACUGUUGAUGCGUGGCCUACUCCACAACACUUUUAUCCCUGUCGCCAUUGACCCGGAAACCGGCGAUGCGCUCCGGGAUCCCAAGACUGGCCUUGCCGUUCGCGCAAGUUAUGAAGAAGGUGGCGAGAUCAUCGUCCACAUCCCUGACGAGAAUGCCUUCCAGGGCUAUUGGCGCAACGACUCCGCCACAGAGAAGAAAUUCCUUCGCGAUGUCUUCAAGAAGGGUGACAUUUACUACCGCUCCGGCGAUGCUCUCCGCCGCCAAAACGACGGCCGUUGGUACUUCCUCGACCGUCUUGGUGAUACAUUUAGAUGGAAGAGCGAGAACGUAGCAACCGCCGAAGUCGCUGAAGUAAUCGGCCAAUUCCCCGGCAUCGCCGAGGCAAAUGUCUACGGCGUCAAACUCCCCAAUCACGAAGGUCGAGCCGGCUGCGCUGCUCUUCAGAUCACACCCGAAGCACGCCAGGGCUUUGACUUCGCGGCACUUGCGCGGUUUGCUCGCUCUAAGCUCCCGCGAUACGCUGUCCCUGUUUUCCUGCGCGUGGUCGACACUUCAUCGCAUAUUCACAACCACAAGCAGAAUAAGGUCCCCCUCCGCGACGAAGGUGUCGAUCCGGCGCUUGUUGGGACUAAAGUCCCCGAAGGGAAGAGCAAUCAGUUCCUUUGGAUUGCGCCCGGUGAGCAAGAUUAUUCAUCCUUUGGGAAAGAGGACUGGGAGAAGAUCGCUAGUGGGUCUGCGAGGUUGUAG